AUGUCUCUGCGUGUUCUGGCCCUUCUGGGCCUUGCGAGCUUGGCAGCCGCCGCUCCCAAGGUGAAGGACUCCACCAGCACAGUCCACAAGCGAUAUAUCGAGGAGCGAAAUGGAGUCACCUACAAUGUCUUCAAGCGCGCUGGCGACACAGCUUCCCUGUCCUACGUUAAGAACAGCGGUAUCUGUGAAACCACCCCAGGUGUUGAUCAGUACUCUGGGUAUUUGGACGUCGGGACCGACAUGCACAUGUGGUACUGGUUCUUCGCUGCUCGGAGCGCGCCGACGACAGCACCCCUGGUCCUCUGGCUGAAUGGUGGACCUGGAUGCUCGUCGAUGAUCGGGCUGUUCCAAGAACACGGGCCCUGCCACUUUGUCGACGGAAGCAGCAAGCCAAGCCUGAACCAAUACUCUUGGAACACCUACGCCAACAUGCUCUACGUUGAUCAGCCUAUCGGCACUGGCUUCAGCUAUGGUGAUGAUGAGGCUACAUCGACCGUCAGCGCUGCCGCGUACGUCUGGACAUUCCUGCAAAACUUCUACGCCGCCUUCCCUGACUACGAGUCUCGCGACUUCGGUCUGUGGACUGAGUCCUACGGUGGUCACUAUGGCCCCGAGUUCGCUGCCUACUUCGAAGCUCAGAACGCCAAGGUUGCUGCUGGGACCAUUACUGGCGAGAAGAUCAACUUGGUCGCAUUAGGCAUCAACAACGGCUGGAUAGACCCUGUGCUUCAGUACCAGGCAUACCCAAUCUUCGCCUAUAACAACACGUACAAGCAGCUCAUCACUGCGAGCCAGUACAAAUCAUACAUGAGCGCCUACACCAGCAAAUGUGUUCCGGCAAUGGCAUCAUGCACAGGUCUCACUGGUAACAACAACGCCUGCCUCAGUGGGGACAACACGUGCCGCUCCGCCGUGGAGUCGCCAAUCGAGAACGCCAACGAUUUCAACGUCUACGAUGUGCUCGAGCCCAGUAGCGAGCAGUCCACCGACCCACCGGAGACAUACGUCGACUACCUUCAAACUCAAUCUGUCAUGACUGCCAUAGGCGCACAAACGACCUACGGAGAGUGCCCUGAUACGCCAUACAACAAGAUGGUUGGUUCGGGAGACGAAGCCCGAUCAUUCCUCGAGCCUUUGUCGGAAGUCGUGCGGUCAGGUGUCAACGUCUUGGUCUGGGCUGGCGAUUUAGACUGGAUUUGCAACUGGUACGGAUCUCAGCUGGUCGUGAACUCUAUCAACUACACGGACAGCGCAACCUUCCAGUCUACCAAGCUCGCCGAGUACACUGUCAGUGGCAAGUCUGCCGGCCAGUUCAAGACUGCUGGUAACUUGAACUUCCUUCGUGUUUACGAGGCUGGACACGAGGUGCCUUACUAUCAACCCGUUGCGGCACUGCAAGCUUUCACGCAGAUCAUGUCGGGCAAGCCCCUUUCGUCAACUUAA